AUGUCAUCAACAGCUACUUACAAAGAAAAUACAAAAGAUGAUGAUGAUAUCUUUAACUACUUUUCAUGGUCUAAAUUUCUAUAUUACAUCAUUCUAACUGUUAUAGUUGUCUACGUUUUAUACAAAUUAUUUACUGGUCAUGGUACAGAUAUCAACAUUGGUAAAUUUCUACUAAAAUCUUCUCCAUACAUGUGGGCCAAUUUAGGUAUCGCUGCCUGUAUUGGGUUAAGUGUAGUAGGUGCCGCUUGGGGUAUCUUUAUUACAGGUUCUUCUAUAAUAGGUGCAGGUGUGCGUGCUCCAAGAAUUACAACUAAAAAUUUAAUAUCGAUUAUUUUUUGUGAAGUCGUGGCUAUUUACGGUUUAAUUAUAGCCAUUGUCUUUUCUUCAAAACUUACCGUUGCUUCUCCUGAAACUAUGUUUUCUAAAUCAAAUUUAUAUACAGGUUACUCACUAUUCUGGGCUGGAUUAACUGUCGGUAUGUCUAAUUUGAUUUGUGGUGUCGCAGUUGGUAUUACAGGUGCAACUGCCGCCAUCUCAGAUGCUGCCGAUUCUGCAUUAUUUGUAAAAAUUUUAGUCAUUGAAAUUUUUGGUUCUAUUUUAGGUUUACUUGGUUUGAUUGUUGGUCUAUUAAUGGCAGGUAAGGCCGUUGAUUUCCAAUAG